ACGCAACAGCUCGCUGUGCCUGUACCCGAGCUCGUAGCAUCGGCUAGCUAGCGCGCUCUCUGUGUGCGUGCGCGUGUGUGCAAGCGCAAGCACGUACGCUUCCACUUCAUGUCGGGCAGGUCGACCAGGAGGGGGAGGAGCGGCGGCUUCACGCUGCGGCAGCCGCCGGUGGUGGACGUCGGCUGCAACUGCCGCUGCCCGAAGCUGUUCUCCGUCUUCUCCUCCUCGUCGUCGUCCCUGUUCCGCGGCGGGGGCAAGCCCAAGUCCCCCAACGCCUCCUCCACGUCCACCACCACGGCGUUCACGGCCACCACCGCGGGCGGGCGCAGCGGCACCACGGCCACCUCCACCGACUCCUCGUCCUGGGGCCCCGCGUCGUUCGUCGCCACCAACUCGCUGUACGACGACCCGGUGCCGGCGGUGGCGCCGCUGCAGGAGCGGGAGCCGCAGGAGGCGAGGCGGCGGCGGAGGCAGCAGCAGCAGCGCCGGCGCCGCAGGCGAGCGGCCCCCGCCCCCGCGCGCCACGGCGCGGAAGACGACGACGAGCACGGGCGGCGGGUGGCGCGCGAGAGCGUGGCGGUGGCGGUGGACUCGGCGGAGCCGUACGAGGACUUCCGCGAGUCCAUGGUGCAGAUGGUGGUGGAGAAGGAGAUCUACGCGUGGGACGACCUCAACGACCUCCUCCACCAGUUCCUCUCCCUCAACUCGCCGCGCCACCACCCGCUCAUCCUCCACGCCUUCGCCGACCUCUGGACCCGCAACGGCCUCUUCUGCCCGCCGUCACCCUGCCAGUUCUAGCUAGGCCGCGACCACCAUCCACCUCGCCGCCCAACGCGCCGCGCCAUGCCAGGCCAUGCACGUACUACGCUUGCACACUGUAUUAACCACUAGCUAGCUUUACUAGUCUUCGUAUUACCACUACUACUACCUCCACUCAGAAAUCGUUCCGCCAUUAACGGAGCUCGCAGUCGCAGCUCGCGCGUGACCGGGACACUAUUAACCGAGGUUCCGGCCGGCAAGCUGCACCGCCAUGAACGCCAAGGUCGUCCUGAGCUUGAGCUGACGAGCAAGAGACAAUGCUAGGCACGAUUAACUGUUGAUGCUUGCUGUAAUUUUCACACCUAGUGUAAUGUACUGUAGUAAUUCCAUUUCGUUUGCAAUGAUGUGUGCGUGUGGCGCCAAGUUUGGUUGGGGUUGGUGCCAUGAUACGCUGGUGCUGCUCGAGUGUGAUCCUACUAUGCUGUGUA